GUCGCCACGCGUCACGGGGCCCACGAAAUAGUUAUGAACCCGUCUCUUACGCGUAAACCUGCAAGACCCUGAGUUCACUUUUAUUGUUUUGGGAAGCGUGUGAACCUGAGUUUAAAACCCUUAAUCCGGAUGGCCUUAGUAAACUAAAAGGUUCUACCACGUAAAAGCUUUGGUAGAAUCUCUGUUGAGGUCUAAAAGUUUUGUACCAAUACAUUGGUGUGAAAUGAAAUUUGAUGUUGAGCCCAAAAAAAAGUAAACUAAAAGGCGAUUCCUCACUUAUUUUUGUAGUUUUUUAAGUUUUGGAGAUUUGUUUCAACUAAUUUUCAGAUUUACAAUAUUUAUUUAGUUUUUUUAAAGGUAAUUCCUCACUUACUCAAGGUAUGGGCCAAUUAAGAAAAAAAGAUCGGAUUAAAAGUUUUUGAGAAAAAAAAGUCAUAUUACAUUCUCGAGUUAAAAUAUGUCUUUAGGGGCAUAAAAGCUUAUGUUUGUGAGGCAAACAGGAUAAUCUGAUUUGUCUUAUAAAACGUGUGCAACGUAUACUCAGUGACGUACAUCUUUUUUUGGGUUGGAUUAACGCAACCUCAGUUUUCAUUUAAAUUAAAUAGUUAAUUUAUCUAGAUAAAGACAUAUGGCAAAAAAUAUAUUAAGAUAGCAACGUGUGGAGAAAAAUUCUUAGAGCCAUGAUUAAAUCCGAUUUUUUAAUUGAAAUUUUAACCUUUGUUUAAGAAACUGUUAUUAGUUUUUAACUAAGAAAAACUUAAGAAUCGUCUGUUAAAUAAAAGAUAUAAAAAAUGUUUUUUUAGUUAAAAAAUGCAAAAAAAAUGUCAAAUUUUGAGUCAAGAAUUUCAGAUAAGAGACCGGAUUUAAGUAAUGUUCUAAGAAUUUUUCCUCGGAUUGGUUCACUCUCUUUCUUUAUUUUCUUUUUCUUUAAUCCGUAGAAAGUGCUUAAAACUUUGCGUUAGCGACGUUUACGAUCAAGUAUAUUCGUUUGGGCUAGUGGAUGGAAACAUAUAUUAACGACGUUUACGAUCAAAACGUUGUUCGCCAUCAUCCAUGUGACCCCGUUGUGUCAAAGGUCAACGUUAAAAUCUCUUUGAUUGUUUAUUAAUUCUACUGAAAUUUUGAUAUUUCCUCGCAAGUAUCGCCAAGCGUGGGUGGGGACCACACUGCCCUUCUUCUAUUCUAUUUCCAUAUGUGUUUUGGUUUGUGAGAGAAUGUUUCUAGUUAACGUGGGAGUCACAGAUUAAAAUAUACUAACAAAUACUACUGUACGUUUCCAAAACUCACCAACCACUUUAUAAUCCAACGAACCGAGAUUUUUUUGUUUAAAGAGAAAGGCGUUGUUUAAACUCUCUAUGUCUUUCGAAUUUUAAUAUUGCCCCGCAAGAAUUGGCACGUGUGGGACCGGAACUCCCCCGUUGUCCUAUAAAUACAGACUUGAGCUUCUUCCUUUCUCCAACGAUUCAAAGCGCUCCAAAUGGGGAAUAAUAUGGUGGGGUUCAGGUUUCGUCCGACGGACGUGGAGCUCGUGGAACAUUACCUCCGUCCGAAAAAUAACGGCGGCGGUUCCACCACGAGCAGCCAAGUCGAUCAAGUCAUUAACACUGUCGAUAUCUGCAACCUUGAUCCUUGGGAAUUGCCUCCGCUGUCGAGGAUCGCGUCGAGUGAUCAGGUUUGGUAUUUCUUCGGACGCAAGGAAAGCAGAUACAACAGAGGUGAGCGACAGAAGAGGAAAACCAAGUCUGGUUACUGGAAGAAAACCGGUAAUACCUUGCCCAUCACGCGAAAGAGAGGUAACCACGAAACAAUCGGUGAGAAAAGGGUUUUGAUGUUUUACAUGAGCGGUUCCAGAUCCAACUGGGUUAUGCACGAGUAUCACGCUUCUUGCCUCUCUCCUAAUGACAGCGGUGCAUAUACAAUCUGCAAAGUACAGUUUAAGGGUGAAGCGAGUGAGAUCUCUUCUUCUUCCGGUGUCGACCAUGUUGUGCACAGUCACUCUUUACCCACUCCUAUGAACAAUCCUGGAGGAUCUGAGGGAUUAGAGAAUUCAAGUAGUGUUCUUGAUAAUCAGCAAGCAAUGCAGUUUGAAGCUGAAACUCAGAUGGCUUUCGACAUUCUGCCAAGCUAUGAUUGGAAAAGCUUGCUUGAUGAUGAUGAUGCUGAUGAACAGAAUAAGACUGCUUCUAUGCCAAGUCAACGACCAGUGUCUUCAUUGGUCACAUAUAGCAGUGAUGAUGAUUAGUGAUUCUGACUAUCUCCCUUGAUCAAGAAGAAAUGAGCUGUUUUUGUAUUAUAUGAUAGAUUAAGUUAAGAAAAUUCACCAAUGUUCAGUUACAUGAUUUUGUAUAAGUUAUGUCUAGGCUUGUUCUGUUACAUGUUUGUACUAAUAUAUAUAUAUAUAUAUAUAUAUAUAUAUAUAUAUAUAUAUAUAUGAAAAGAAAAGGAGAGUUUGU